CGGCUUCUGUGGAGUCGGAGCAUGCGUGCUGGCGCCAUGGCGGUGUCCGGGAGAAGCAGCUGAGAAGGUGGCCGCCUGGGGUCCGAGUCCGGCGCCACCUUGCUACAAUCCAUUAGCGUAGCUAACUGAAAACGAUCUCUUAUCCACGGCCGAUCCACCCUACUACCAGUGGGUGGGCGCCUGUGGCGCCACUCAUGUAGAGUGCGGUCUCCGAGUCUGCGGCUGGGCCUCGGCGCAAGAUGGCGGCGGAGGGGAGCGGCGCAGCGGCAGGUUUAACUUCCAGGAGGGCACCAUCUUCUGAGAUGGCUGGCUCUUCCCACAGCAUGCAGUUGAAAAAGAUAGGUCACCGAGGAGUGGAUUCGACUGGUGAAACUACGUAUAAGAAGACGACCUCCUCUGCCCUCAGAGGUGCAAUCCAGCUGGGGAUCACGCACACAGUGGGGAGCCUCAGCACCAAGCCUGAGCGAGAUGUCCUUAUGCAGGACUUCUACGUGGUGGAAAGCAUCUUCUUUCCAAGUGAAGGGAGUAACUUGACACCAGCCCAUCACUACUCAGAUUUCCGGUUCAAGACCUAUGCUCCUGUGGCAUUCCGGUAUUUUCGGGAGCUCUUCGGUAUUCGACCGGAUGACUAUUUGUAUUCCCUGUGUAAUGAACAACUGUUUGAGCUAAGUAACCCGGGUGCUAGUGGUUCUGUUUUCUAUGUGUCUGCUGAUGAUGAGUUUAUCAUUAAAACGGUUCAGCACAAGGAGGCGGAGUUCUUGCAGAAGCUACUCCCUGGAUAUUACAUGAACUUGAACCAGAACCCUCGCACAUUGCUGCCCAAGUUCUUUGGGCUCUACUGCAUCCAAUCUGGGGGCAACAAUAUUCGACUGGUAGUCAUGAACAACCUUCUGCCUCGGGUGAUGAAAAUGCACCUGAAGUAUGACUUGAAAGGAUCGACCUACAAGCGCCGGGCCUCCCAGAAAGAACGUGAUAAGUCACGGCCAACGUUUAAAGACCUGGACUUCCUGCAUGAUAUUCCUGAUGGUCUUUUCCUGGAUACAGAUAUGCACAGUGCCUUAUGUAAAACAAUUCAGAGAGACUGUUUGGUAUUACAGAGUUUUAAAAUCAUGGACUACAGUUUGCUGGUAGGAAUUCAUAACAUGGAUAUAGCCAGCCGGGAGCGGGAGACUGAGGGGCAGCAACCUGGCACAGAUGGCAUUGGACUAUCAGAUGCACGAAGACCAAUGGGCCAACGCUCCCUUUACUCAACGGCGGUGGAGGCCAUCCAAGGUGAAUCACGCCUGGGAGCCACCAGUGAAACAGAUGAACAGAUGGGAGGUAUUCCAGCUCGGAACUCCAAAGGGGAGCGCCUCAUGCUGUAUAUUGGCAUUAUAGACAUCUUGCAGUCCUACAGGUUUAUAAAGAAGUUGGAACAUUCUUGGAAGGCCCUUGUACAUGAUGGAGAUACAGUGUCUGUGCACAGACCUGGUUUCUAUGCUGAGCGUUUUCAGCGAUUCAUGUGCAACACAGUUUUCAAGAAAAUACCACUUAAACCUUCCCCGUCGAAGAAAAGCAGACUCGGUAUGACAUCAAUGAGGCGGCCUGCAACAGGGGGGUCUGGACAAGCACCCUCAUCCUUGACUGAGGAAGGCAAAGGACAGGUGCCGACAAAGGAGAUAAUUCAGGCGAUAAUAGAACCAGGAGCAUAUCAGGGUCGGCCUGACAUCCUGCCCAGGACCCCACCACUUGAUGAGGCCGCCAGUGAUUCAGCAGCAACGACUUUGUCCAGUUCUUCCCUUGCAGAACCCGGAGCGCUGGACAGCACAGGAACUAAUUCCCCAGUUACAAGGCCUCUGGGAUUGGAUGUGCACACCACUGAUGAGACUGAACAGCAUCCAAAUGAACUAGUUGCCAGCAGCGUCGAAAGUAUACCUCCAAUUAUUUCGGAGCCAGCCUCGGGGACCCCUCUUUCAGAGCUGUCUGUUGCGUCAAAGGCAGAGGAAGGUACCCGGUGCCGUGACACACUGUUAGAGACUGAAAUCUGCUUCUUCUUGGAGGGAAGGUAUUGGAUUUGCUCAUCGCCCAUAUUUCCCCGGCCCCCAUGUCUUCCAAAGCCUCCAGAGGCCAAUAGCAAGGAUGUCAAAAUGGUUCUGGAGAGCACGAUGGUCUGUGUUGACAACAGUGAAUACAUGAGGAAUGGAGACUUCCUGCCAACCAGGCUGCAAGCACAGCAGGAUGCCGUCAACAUCGUGUGCCAUUCCAAAACACGAAGCAAUCCUGAGAACAACGUGGGGCUCAUCACGCUUGCCAAUAACUGUGAGGUUCUCACGACUUUGACCCCUGACACGGGUCGGAUUCUCUCCAAGCUUCAUGCCGUCCAGCCCACUGGGAAAAUCAGCUUCUGCACUGGCAUCCGAGUUGCCCACUUAGCUCUUAAACAUCGUCAAGGGAAGAACCACAAAACACGGAUAAUUGUAUUUGUCGGAAGCCCAGUAGAAGACAAUGAAAAGGAUUUGAUCAAAUUGGCCAAGAGACUGAAGAAGGAAAAAGUGAAUGUGGAUAUCGUGAACUUUGGAGAGGAGGAAGCAAACACAGACAAGUUAACAGCUUUUAUCAAUGCACUGAAUGGAAAGGAUGGAACAGGUUCCCAUCUGGUGACAGUGCCUCCAGGCCCAAGUCUCGCAGAUGCUCUUAUCAGCUCCCCCAUCCUAGCCGGGGAAGGGGGCACCAUGCUCGGACUUGGAGCCAGUGAUUUUGAGUUUGGAGUGGACCCCAGUGCAGACCCUGAAUUGGCCCUGGCUCUCCGUGUGUCAAUGGAGGAACAGCGGCAGCGGCAGGAAGAGGAGGCCAGGCGAGCGGCAGCUGUGUCAGCCGUGGAGGCGGGAAUUGUGACUCCUACUGGUGACGAGCCAGAUGAUGCCCUUCUGAAGAUGUCAAUAAACCAGCAGGAGUCCCCAGAAACUGGGCUGCCAGAUAUAAGCAGCAUGACUGAGGACGAGCAGAUUGCCUACGCCAUGCAGAUGUCUCUCCAGGCAGCCGAGUUUGGGAGUGCUGCAGAUUUAUCCGGCAUGGACGCUGGCACUGCCAUGGACACAUCAGAAGCUACUGCCAAGGAAGAAGAUAACUACGAUGUCAUGGAGGACCCAGAGUUCUUGCAGAGUGUGUUGGAAAACCUGCCUGGGGUUGACCCUAAUAACGAAGCUAUUCGCAAUGCCAUGGGCUCCCUGCAAUCACAGACUUCAAAGGAUGGCAAGAAGGACAAGGAAGAAGAGAAAAAAUGAGGUGCUUCAGCUGGUGUCGCUGAGAGAGAGCUUCACUGCAUUGCUGCCCACUGUAACCUGGUGCCACAACAGUCUUUUGCAGUAAUAGCUGCAAAUGGUAGAAAUUGUGCUCAGAUAUCUUUUUAUUUCCCUUUUCCUUUAUAUGCUGUGUAAAAGCUCCUGACCUACAGUGGAAUGUUAAUAAAAUAUUCUUCUUGCA